CGCGUGCCGUGCCAGCAACAUCCAAGAGUCCCCGCAAAUAAAGAUUGUUCCAGAAAUCGUGAUAUUACAGCGAACUCUAUCUCGCAUGGUGUGCACGCCAUAAUAUGCGCGACUGCUGCAAAGUGGAGCCGCCAAGAACGCGCAGAAUGAGGCGUUAAGACGCGAACUUCUCAACAACCCCAUGUCAAGACAUCUGUCGGAAACUCAUGAUACCACUUUGACUCAACGAUGCCACUCUCCCCGGAAGACAUUACCAGGAAUUACGUGGACGACGGAAGUUCCCUGGAACGGGUGAACCACCGCAAGUCGCGACUGAAAAUCGCCAUCGUCGAGCCCAACCCCGCGUGGCCGCAACGGUUCCUCGAGACCAAAGCCCGGAUCGAGGCUGCGCUGGGCUCGACCGCGGUCGCCGUCCUCCACGCCGGCUCCACCAGCGUGGCAGGUCUGCCGGCAAAGGACGUCAUCGACGUCGACCUGGUGGUCGAGGACGUCGAGGACGAGGGCUCGUACGCCGAGCCCCUCGCGCGCGCGGGCUUUCUGUUCCUCUUCCGCGAGCCGGCGUGGCAUCGACACCGCUAUUUCGUGGACGAAGGGGACCGCCCCGGCGCGUAUCCCAUCAACCUCCACGUCUUUGGGCCCGACUGCCCCGAGGUCGCGAGGCACCGCAUCUUCCGCGAGUGGCUCGCAAAGUCGCCGGAGGACCUGCAGCUCUACGCGGCCGUCAAACGUGAGUGCGCCGCGAGUUCCGAGGCCGCGGGCGAGUCGAUGCAGGAGUACACUGUGCGCAAGGACAAGGUAGUCCGCGAGAUCUUGGACCGCGCGUUUCGCGAUCUUGGCUAUAUCAAGUAAUGCGACGAACGGCAGUUUCCGUCACGAUUGCUUUCAAUGAUAUGAUAAACAAUAACCAACCACACGGAGAGAGCACACAGGUAUUCGCGGUUUCGAGGGCGACAGACAAGCAGAGCGAGUUUGAGAGACACCGGUACCUACACCAGACGUCUACGCCUAUGUUUCCUUGGUCAUGUCGGUCGAGCCGGAGAAACAAGGCCGAAUCCGUGUCGCUUGUGGCAGUGGACCCAUGAGCACAGGAUGGCAUCACCCUCGACCGGACCAAGAGUUCAAGGCGCGAGCGCAUUUUACUCUUUCUGGCAGCAAGAGACAAAGACUGCGCGUGGGGCCUACCACCCGGGGUCGGGCUAUGGUUUACAUACUUACCUUCCUAGGUAGAUGUAGAUAGCAAAAAGGGGUUUCGACUCGAGAGGAUUGUAGGGAUCUUGUUCAUCCUCACAUUCAUAU